AUGAAAAGAAGUUCAACCAUAAUCGUGCUGAGUGCACUGUCGAUGGGUGUACUCGGUGGUGUAGUUCCAGGACCAUAUUAUCUCAACAGCACUGCACAUGCCGGAACACCACGACCACACGUACAUGCUCCUGGGCUACCAACACCGCCGCCUGUCUUAUCUUCAUCAAGUCCGGAGCCCAGCACAGCAAUCGUUGCCCCCUACUCGACCCCAUCAUGGAACACAUCAAUUGCCACAGCCUCUCCCUCGUCAUCAAAUACAUAUGCAGUAUCAAGCUCCUCGCCAGAAGCAUCAACAGUGGCAUUGUCGGUAUCAAGUUCGUUCAAUCUUACCGCACAGAAUGCGACUUCCAUCUAUUACUCGCCGCUAUCAAGCUCAACAGCCGUCACCCAGCCUUUGUCAAUUCCGACUUCAGGGGAUCCUUCCAUGGUUGUGGUAGUCGUUUCCGAAACGGUGUAUGCCACAGCGCAACAAAGUUCGUCUCCUGCUUCGAAUGCAACUCUUCCUACGGUAUCGACAUCGGAUUGCUCCACUAUUCUUACAGCAUCAGUAACUCAGAGCUCUUUCAACGCUGUGCCUUCGUCUGCCGUCGUUACCAGCAUCCCUCCUAGCCCACCCAUGGCUGCACUUGGCAACGCUGAUGAACUGGCCGGUUCUACCAUAGAUCUUGGACUUCUCUCGUCCAUCCUUCUCCCGGAUACCACCAUAGAUCUUGAAGUUCUGUCUUCCAUCCUCCUCCCCGAUACCACCCCACGACCUAUUGCGACCGUGACAACUACAACCACUGUUGUGCUGUCGCUCCCUACUCUUCCACUUCCGUCUCCCUCAGACAUCGAAUCGAGUGCAUCGAAGACAACGACAACCACCAUUGUUGCACUCCCAACUAUGUCCUCAUCUACACCAGCAGCUUCGCCGCCUUCGACAUCAACAAGCGAUUCGGUUGUGCCGUCAUCGUCGGCCGUAGAUUCAGCAUCUACCAUUCUCUCCACAGUCACAGUCACGUCCUCAACACCAUCAUCUUCGUCCAACACCGAAUCCACCCCAUCAAACACCGACUUUCCCACCGCCCCGCCAUUCUCAUACAACCCCUCCGCCUCCCGUGGCUCCGCUUCCCCUAUUUCGCGGCCCACACCUGAACCCUCCAGCGCGAACGUCGCCGGCUCGACGCUCAGCACUACUGCAACACCCACCUCAACAUUUAUCUCCCAAUACACUGGUAUACCGCCUGCGCCUAGCGCAGCGGGAGCCUCUGGUCUCUUGAGUAAGAGAAAUAAGGAGAAGGUAUGGUGGGUUGCUUUCUUUGUUCCUUUCUUGCUCAUGGCAUAA